UGUUCCAGAGACGUCAUGAGCGUCCUACUGCCCAACAUGGCGGACUUUGAUACCAUUUAUGAGUUAGAAGAAGAAGAAGAGAGGAUUGUAAGUGAGGAACAUCUCGUCAGAUACUGUCCCGAGCCCGUGGUCAUGCGUGGGGCUGGUCACAUCACUGUGUUUGGACUAAGCAACAAAUUUGACACAGAGUUUCCUUCGGUUCUGACAGGAAAGGUCGCUCCAGAAGAGUUCAAGACAAGUAUCAAUCGAGUAAACGCUUGCUUGAAGAAGAACCUGCCGGUCAAUGUGAAAUGGCUGCUCUGCGGCUGCCUGUGCUGUUGCUGUACGGUGGGCUGCAGUCUGUGGCCGGUCAUAUGUCUCAACAAAAGAACACGAAGAUCCAUUCAGAAAUUGUUAGAAUGGGAAAACAACAGAUUAUAUCACAAGCUGGGCCUGCACUGGAAGCUCAGCAAGAGAAAAUGUGAGAGCAACAACAUGAUGGAAUAUGUUAUUCUUAUAGAGUUCCUACCAAAAUACCCUAUAUUCAGACCUGACUAAAGGACUGCAGGAUCCUCGUGGAAGACCCUUCAUUCCUCUCCUUAGUGCCUUGUAUAUAUACACAUAUAUAAAUGUCGGAUUGAGGGUCUUGGUUGGGUUUCUACAAGACCCCUUUUCUCCCAGUACCUUGUACAGUAGAAUUCGCAACACUGUCACUUUGCUUUAGAGCAGAUUUUGCACAUUUCCUGAUGUAGUAGAAAAGUUCCUGUGUUGCACUCGAGAGGUUUGUUACAUAUAAAAGGUUGAUGGACAGAAAGUGAACAUUGACACGGUUUAAAAGUGCAUUUACCCCAAAGAGCCAUCAAGUCCUCCCCAUAUACUCUAUUAUGGUGUUGUUACGAUUAAGGCACCGUACGGUGUGAACUUGCCUUACGUUAAAGAACAACCUUUUUUUUUCUUUAAAUCAGACGUGUGUAAAGUCAGAAGCUUGUCGUGUUUUACUGUUCGGAGAGUGUUAUGACUAGCUUUGGGGCUGACGUAGAGAAAAGUAUGAUCUUCGGGCACUUUUGCGAUUGUCUACUACACGGGGAAGUCAACAAAUGGACUUGUAAAUAUCGUGGACAGGAUGUACAGUGCGGUAUGCCAUGUUUACAUUAUGUAAAUUAGCUGAAUAUUAGUUUGUUCUUUUCGCCAAGAUGUUACUGUAGCAUAGUUUGUUUCUGUAACUUGACAGUUUCUAUGGACCUGUUUACCCAGUAAGCCAUAAAAUGUACGUACAAGAUGCCACUGGAGUUAGGGCUGAAAAUUGCACUUGAGCACACGAGGACAAGCAAACUGUCCUUGGGGGUUUUGGAUAUUGCUUGACAAUGUCAUAAGCGGUGUGUUAAAACAUUUGCCAAUCAAGCUAAAUUUGUUAUGAGUAAUGUCAUUCGUUUCACAACAGGUAAACAUGAGUUGGACCCUGUAUUUUGUUUUUGUCAUGUUUUGUUCGUUCUCUCAGUACAGCUUCAUUGUUUUUUGGGUGCUGUGGAACUGCAGGCACAGUGUUGUGACUGUAAAGGUUUAAAUGUGUUUUCUGUACCUGUUCACUCCAUAUAUGCUGUAGUGAAGACUGCAUUAGUCGAGUGCCUCUGUAGAUGGUUUCUGCAAUCUAACAGAGAUGAAAGGAAUCUGCUCUCAGUGCUGGUUCUAGUAAAGUACCUGUAAAUGUUUGUCCCUACCUAAUCCUAUGGAAAGCUUCAAUAAAUUCCUGAUUUUGAUGUUUUUGAA